AUGCCGUCCGGAUUCUCAUCAAAGCCCCAGUUGAUUGUUGCCGGGUCAGGGGCUGCUGAAGAGCUGGCUGCCACAGUAGAGCUGGAUGUUGUGGAGAUGACAGGAACUUCGGUGGUACUAGCCGUGGUCGAGAUGAUUGAGGGUUGUGAGCUUGGCGUUGUCGAAGGCUCUUGUGUAGCCGAGGAGCUAGGUGUCUCCGAGGAGACCGGUGUUGUCGAGGACUCUUGUGCUGUAGAGGUGAUAGGAGUUUCCGAGGCUGGUGUUGUAGAGGGUUCUUGGGUCGCAGAGGAGCUGGGCGUCUCCGAAGACUCUGGUGUUGUGGAUGGGUCCGGUGUCACAGCGGAGCUGGGAGUAGUAGAAGACCCAACCACAAUCGAGGAUUCGGAUGGCGUAGAGGUCUCUGGAGUUGCUGAGAAACUUGGGGUCGUGAACGGGGCAGUAUAUGCGGAGGAGCUUGGUGUUGUCGGUGUCUCAAGAUCUAGAGAGGAGCUGGGUGUUGUGAAGGAUUCUGGCGUGGGCGUGACAAGUGAGGAUGAAGGUCUGGGUUUGCAGCGUUUUUUCGCCUCCCCUGGUGUGAGGAUGCUCAAUACACCUAGAAAAUGGAGAAACGCCCGGGAAUGCAUAAUGAACUGCGGCUGCUGGUUGCAAAGGAGUGACUUGGGAGAUGGAAAUGAAUGA